CUCUCAUCACUCCUCAGCUGCUCUGGCUCACGGGGAAAGAAACAUUAUAAAAACUUGCAACUUGCCUUUCACUCUCUCACUCGCUCUCUUUUCCAUCACCACCCGCUGGCUCGUGUCAUAUCAUGCAGCCAGCCAAUGUGUAUAGAGUUGAGUUUAUGGGCAUAAAAAGAGGCGAUUUCUCUCUUCUCGUCCCUUCUCUCUCGCCAUAGCAUUCGCAAUCGCUUGUAUUUUGCUUCUUCCUUUCCUCCAACUUUCUUCCUUAGCCAGCUCAUUUCCUCUCUCUCUCUCUCUCUCUCUCUCCCUAUUUGCUCUCCUUCACAUCACCUAAAUACCCACCAACCCACACUCUCUGUAGUCUCUACACUCUACUACCAGUUUCUAAUAAAUCCUUUCCAGUAUCAGCUUGCCUGCCAGGAUUUCUCCACCAGAUCUAUAGGCCAGCAAGGAAGAGGAAGAAAGAAGGAAAACUGGAAAAGAGAUAUCCCCGGCCCUCUCUUCUGACACCAGACGGCCACAGCCCCAGGCCCCUCUUCUUCUCCUCCCCCUUCUUUUCUAUUUUAUUCCCUCUUCACUUCUCUCUUCUUUUUCUAAUAAUACCCUUCGGUUAAUUUUGUCUUUUCCUUCGUUUUUUCCCCUUCCUCGCCUGUCUGGGUUUGUCUGUCUGGUUUUGGUUUCCAUACCCACACUCCAAAAUCGCGUCUUUCACUUGAUCCCGUCUCGAUAAUCCCCUUAUCGUUUCUGGGUUUUGGUCCUUUUUUCGUUCUGGAGGUUGGAGGCGAAAGGUUCGAAAGAUAGAUCAAAUGGCGAACGGUGGUGCGGUUGAUGAGCGGAGGAAGAGUGAGACAGUGGUGUUGUUCAGUGAGGAAGAACUGAGGGAGAUGAGUGGGGUGAAGCAAACCGGUGAUUGCAUAGAAGUCACGUGUGGUUGUACCAGCCAUAGAUAUGGCGAUGCGGUGGGAAGGCUUAGGGUUUUUCCCAAUGGUGACCUCGAAAUCUCCUGUGAAUGUACCCCUGGUUGCGAUGAAGAUAAGAUGAGUCCUGCUGCAUUUGAGAAGCAUUCUGGGAGGGAGACUGCUAGGAAGUGGAAGAAUAAUGUGUGGGUGAUUGUGAAUGGGGAGAAGGUUCCAUUGUCGAAGACAGUGUUGCUCAAGUACUACAACCAAUCAUCCAAUGGAUCCCACCGCUCUCAAAAUGGACGGGUUUUCCAUCGCGAUGAGUUUCUUCGCUGCAGCAAGUGCAACAAGGAGCGCAGAUUCCGCUUAAGGACCAAAGAGGAGUGUCGAGUUCACCAUGAUUAUGUGGCCAAUGUUAGCUGGAAAUGUGCUGACUUAACGUUUGACAACAGGCUAACGUGUGAUGACGACGAGGAGAGAGCAAGUCGAAAGGUGUACAGAGGCUGCUCCCGCUCUCCAACAUGCAAAGGAUGCACUUCCUGCGUGUGCUUUGGCUGUGAAAUCUGCCGGUUCUCUGAUUGUUGCUGCCAAACUUGCACUGACUUCACGAGGAAUGUGAAAGCUUGAAGAAGCCUUUUUACAGCAUGACCAAGUCCGCCAUCAUCCUUUGAUUUGAUCCCAUUCGUUCUACCAUUAUUUAACCACUAUUUUUGGAUGUCUAUUUAUGAACAAAACACAACUGCCAUGCCAGCAGCAAUAUAUGGCUGGCCAGCCUGUGAUCUGAAGUUGAGGGAAGGAUACACUCUUUUCUCGCAACAGUCUUUUGUUGGGCUCCAAUGAUUAGAAAUUUUAAUCCCCUUCACUUGUUAUUGCCAAUCAUUUGCUA